AUGUCUGCGACGUCGAAUCAAGCAGCGGUGCCGCCCAGCUCUUCAUUGGCAAACGCUGAUACAGGUCCUCAUGAGGGGCCUAUUACGGCUGGCCCCGCCAUUGAUGAGACCAACAACGAGUCUGAGACGAGGAGCAUCAUCUCCUCAUCAACCGCGUCAUUGACCGAAAGCAUCACCGAGUACCGCCGUCUUCAUGGGCGAACAUACACCCAAAAGACAGACUACUGGGGACCGAAUGACGAGAAACAAAACGAAGGACUCGAGAUCAAUCAUUACUGGAUGACCUUGUUUUUAGGUGACAAGCUCUUUCUUGCCCCGAUUGGUGACAGUCCUCAAAAUGUUCUUGACCUCGGUACCGGGACAGGUAUCUGGGCUAUCGACUUUGCCGAUGAGUUUCCGUCUGCCGAAGUUGUUGGGAUCGAUAUAUCGCCUAUCCAGCCUUCCUGGGUUCCACCGAACUGCAAAUUCCAGAUUGGCGAUAUUGAACAGCCGUGGACUUGGCCGGCCGACUUCUUUGACCUCGUCCAUAUCCGCAACCUCGAAGGCAGCGUAGCAGACUGGCCAGCGCUCUACAACCAGGCCAUACGCAGUUUGAGACCUGGUGGUUAUAUCGAAGUAAAGGAAUUCGACAUCGAAGUCCGGUCUCAGGUCCAGGAUGUAGACGACGACCACCCUUAUAAGGCCUGGGCGAGGAACAUCUGCGCCGCCUGCGACAAGCUUGGCAAGACAGGAAAGCAAUGCCGUGAGCCCGGAAUUGCUACCAACCUUCGAGAAGCCGGGUUCAUCGACAUUAUCGAGAAGAAAUGGCCGAUCCCGAUUGGUGCAUGGGCGAAUGACCCCAUGUUGAAGGAGGUCGGCACAGGAGCCCUGGAAUAUCUCGAUCAAUCGCUGGAAGGAUUCGGGACCUUUCUUCUCAAGGAGAUUUUGGGCUGGGAGUACGCCAAGGCCAUUGUCUUCAUCAGUGAGAAGCGCAGGGCGCUCAAGGACGCGAAGAUGCAGCCGGUCAUCGAUUUGUAA